GCGCGGGCCCGGGGCGGCGGUGGCGGCCGCGGCCAUGUCCCGCCGGGGGCCCGCGCACGUCAGGGCCCGCCCGCGGCACGGGACACGGGCCGGGGUAUCGGGCAGCCUCCGGCAGAAGGCGGUGCCGGGCACGGAGCUGCAGGAGCUGCGGAGCCGCACGGAGCACGCGGAGCGGCGGCUGCUGGCCUGCGAGAACCUGGUCGGAGAGCUGGGCAGCGGCCUGGCCACCCUGGGCACCCUCCUGCAGGGCUACGGGCAGCUGCAGCAGCGCCUGCUCAACCUGGAGAACCUCCUCAAGAACAGGAACUUCUGGAUCCUGCGCCUGCCCCCCAGCUCCAGUGGGGAGAUCCCCAAGGUGCCGCUCACCUUCGAUGAGAUCUCGGUGUAUUUCAACGAGCUGGAGUGGGAGAGGCUGGAGCGCUGGCAGAAGGAUCUGUACAGGGCCGUGAUGAGGGGCAACUACGAGACCUUGGUGUCCCUGGACUACGCCGUGUCCAAGCCCGACAUCCUGUCCCAGAUGGAGAGGGAUGAAGAGCUCAGUGACAAAGAGGGCCAGGAGCCCCCAUGGACACAGACUGGGGAUGGUCAGGAGCCCCUCCGGGCAGCAGAAGAGAGGGACAAGGCAGACGAGGCUCCAGGAGAUGAAACCCCCAUGGAAGCUGCCCCAGACGGUGCCGAGUCCACACCCAACGGCCGGACACGCAUCAAUGGGAAUGAAGAGCCCAGCAACAAAAAGGGUCCUGAGCCCUCAUGGACACAGAAUGGGGGCAGCCAGAAAACCCCACAGAUACAGAAUGGGGACAGCCAGGAACCCCCAGAGACACAGAUUGGGAACAGCCCAAAAUCCCCACGGACACGGAGUGCGAACAGCCAGAAAACCCCGCAGACACUGACUGGGGACAGCCCAAAAUCCUCAUGGACAUGGAGUGGUAACAGCCAGAACUCACCACAAAGAGAGACUGGGGACAGCCCAAAAUCCUCAUGGACACGGAGUGGGAACAGCCAGAAAACCCCACAGACACAGACUGGGGACAGCCCAAAAUCCUCAUGGACAUGGAGUGGUAACAGCCAGAACUCACCACAAAGAGAGACUGGGGACAGCCCAAAAUCCUCAUGGACACGGAGUGGGAACAGCCCAAAAUCCCCACAAAGAGAGACUGGGGACAGCCCAAAAUCCUCAUGGACACGAAGUGGAAACAGCCAGAAAACCCCACAGACACAGACUGGGGACAACCAGAACUCCCCACAAAGAGAGACUGGGGACAGCCCAAAAUCCUCAUGGACACGGAGUGGAAACAGCCAGAAAACCCCACAGAUAAAGACUGGGGACAGCCCAGAGUCCCCAUGGACACGGAGUGGGAACAGCCCAGAGUCCCCAUGGACACGAAGUGGGAACAGCCCAAAGUCCCCACGGGCACAGACUGGGAACAGCCCAGAGUCCCCAUGGACACGGAGUGGGAACAGCCCAAAGUCUCCAUGGACACGGAGUGGGAACAGCCCAAAGUCUCCAUGGACACGGAGUGGGAACAGCCCAAAGUCUCCAUGGACACAGAGUAGGAACAGCCCAAAGUCCCCAAGGGCACAGACUGGGGACAGCCCAAAACCCCCACAGACACAGACUGGCAACAGCCCCAAGUCCCCAGAGGCACACACUGGGGACAGCCAGACACUGCUUCAGACACAGCCUGGGGACAGUCAGAACCCCCUCCAGACAGGUGUCCCCAACAAUCAGAAGCCCCCAGUGACACCAGGAGAGAUGGAGCAGCAGAAAGAGGCUUCGGGAAAGGAUCCUAUGCCCAUGGAAGUUGGCCCAGUAGAACUCCCCAUCCUGAUGAUGAAUGUGAUGUCCCUGGGGGACCAUCAGCUGGGGACGGCGGCAGAGGAGGACCCGGAGAUGGAGGAGGACCUGGCAGAGCCUGACACUGAGGAAGCCUUAUCCAUGGAAGAUGAAACACCGUGCGAAGGGGCUUCUCUUGAGGACAUCAAGGUGAAGGAAGAGGAGCCUGAGCUGCUGGCAGAGGAAUCCACAGCCUCUCCCGGCUCAGAGAUCCAGAAGUGUCCCAAAAACGAGCUGGUGAAAGCCAAGAUCAAGAAGAAGCCGAACCGGUGCGAGGCCAGCAACCUCCUGAUGGGCAACUGCCGGCGCGGGUACGUGCGGGAAUGGUCCCAUCCCUGCACGGAGUGCGGGAAGCGCUUCCGCCUCAAGAUCAACCUCAUCAUCCACCAGCGCAGCCACGCCAAGGAGGGGCCCUACGAGUGCCCCGUGUGCGACAUCGGCUUCAGCAACAAGCGGAACCUGGACCUUCACCGCAGCAUCCACGUCAAGGACAGAGCCUUGGGGGCCAAGGUCUGGGGCAACGUCCACCCCGAGCUGCGCGUCCGCCCGCGCAGGGACCUGUGCGGCGGUCACCGGCUGGGCGGUGGUGGCCACGUCGGGGCGGCCUGGCUGGGCCAGCCCAAGGAGGAGCCGGAUGGAGAGGGCUUGUCCAGCUCUGGGAUUGUGCAGCCGCCCAACUCCAGGCUCAAGUGCCCCCACUGCAAGAAGUUCCUGUCCUGCUCCACGUCGCUGCGGCGGCACCUCCAGACCCACGCGCGGGAGCGGCCCUACUGCUGCAGCUCCUGCAACAAGUGCUUCACCCGCAGCAAUCACCUCCUGCGCCACAAGAAGAUCCACGAGAGGGCUUUGGCCGCGCUCCAGCAGGAGGCCAACGCCCAGGCCCCCGCUGCUAUCCAGCACCAAGCUCCCAAGGCUGAGAGGAGCCCUUCCCAAGAGAAUGGGAGACCUGAGGCUGCAAAAACGAGCCUGCCCAACGUGCUGCUGUUGGGAGCAACGCCACUGCGGCUCCCGGGCUCCCCACUCCCUGACUGCAUAAGGAAAGCUGUGCAGCCCGUGGUCCAGCUGGGAUCGAGGGCAGUGGCUUCGGAGAUGACAGAGAAAUGACAGAUCACAGACCCUGGGACAGAUCUGAACUGUGCGUGACCCUGGAGAGAAGCUGCGAGUUUGUUUGCGUUUGUCCCACGAGUUUGUUGUCUCGUGGGACACCAAAAAUGGGAAUCUGCUGUGUUUUAGGAGUUUCCUGGGUUGUGGAAAUAAUGGGAAGCUUGGAGACCACAACAAAGAGCCAAUUGCAGAAGCCUCCAGUGAUCUAUAAUGCUUCACCAUUCCACUGAAUUGUUCGGCUUGGCUGAUAGUUGGAAUUUUCCCAAGUUGACAUUCCUGGGAGAUGACCAGGUAAAUCCUGGUCAAACAGGAGCAGAGCUUUCGCAUUCUUUGGUGUUGUGGCUGAUCCCUUGCAUUCAGAAACACAACUGAAGAGGGCAGGGAGAAGGGAAUGAAGCUGGCAGCAUUCUCAAGCAGCCCUUUGCUCCACGGACCAAGCUUCCUGACUGAGACACCAGAUGGAGAGUGACAUCUCUGAGACCCCACUGUGUCCUGGCCACCCUUGCCACCCCCACCCUGGGGCGGAGAUCAGCAACACUCCCUCCAGCAGGCUGGGAACACUGGAGUUUUGCACUGGAAGAUCCAUAGGACAAACCCCAAAAUUCUGUGCUGGCGUAUUCCAGGGAUCCCAGCAUCAGGGAGGCCACAGGCGCCCUCAGGACCAUCCUGCAUGGCUGCAGAGUGAUUUUAGGAAUACUUGGCGGGUCAGCCAGCCCCAUGCUGCAGCAGCACCCCAGUCCUCAUGGAUGUGCGUGCACAGAGCAGCCCCUCAGCUCUGGAGGCAACUCCCACUCUCCCAACCGCAGCUCGUCCCCUUUUGCCCAAAAUCCCGCCGUAACGAAUCCUAUGGGAAAACAGUUCUGUAGCUACCUCAGUCAGGGAGAGGGGGACCUGCCCAGAGGCAGCCAGUGGGAGCCAGGCCUGGCACUGCCCCAGUGUCCCCGGGAGCCACCGGAGCAGUGUCUGUGCCCCAUGUGCAUCCCACCCACUGGGUGUGCACAGGGAGCACCUCCCGCCCGGAGCCAGUGCCACAAGGACACAGUGGAGCAGCUGCUGGGGGCUCUUGCAUUUAGUUUUCCAGGUUUUAUUGGUUUGAGUUGCUCAAUGUAAUUAUUUGAUGUUCUGAGGUCUCUGUCCCUCUCUGAGCAGUGAGCACUGGUAGGCUUUUCCCAUCUUUUAUUCCGAGUCACUCCCAGGGUGUGAUGGUGCUGCUGUGGGAAGCUUUGGGAGCUGAGGGAACGCCUGUGCCACAUCCAGGUGUGAUCCUCAGCCACCUCCUGCUCCAUGGGAUGGACAGCAGGGUCCGAGCUGCUCCAUUGGAAUACACACGACAUCCCACUGCUCCUCUGGGCUGGUGUCUCACGCUUCCUACCCCUGGGAUUGCUCCCCAGUUGAUCCCAGGGGCAUGGCUGAGCUUGUGUGCUGGUGGCUGAAUGCCCCCAGGCCAGCAGAAGGGCCAGCAGCCCCAGCCUGGCAUUUCUAAAUCUCCUGUGACCAGGAGCGGCGUUUCCUGCGACAUUCCCGACCCCUUUCUCAGGCUGUGGAAUCAAUAAAGUAUUUGUCUCUA